AUGGGAAGGAUCAAGCCGCAAGCUCUCUUGCAACAGAGCAAGAAGAAGAAAGCGCCGAGUCGAAUAAGCGUCGCUACUGUUCUUUUAUGCUGCUUCAUUUUUAUCUUGACUGUAAUUUUCUUGUAUUCUACGUAUAAACACUGGUCGCUAAGGUUUGUCAAGUCAAGUAUGCAGACUGAAAAUGUUGAAUCGGGUUUUGAGGGUGGUCAUGCUUCUGUUGAUUCAAAGAAAUACGAUCUCCCUGGAUAUGCAAUCUUGAACACUUCGAAAGGCUUUAUAACAGUGGAAGUUUUCAAGGAUAUCUCUCCUGAAGUUGUUGACCAAGGCCACUUCAGGGGGAUGCGUUUUCAUCGUGUAAUAAAGCAUUAUGUGAUUCAAGCGGGGGAUGCUGGUCAUCUUGGGUCAACUGAAGAUUGGACUUUGAAAGGGAAGCAUUAUGGUCAUCUUGAUUCCAGUUUGAAACACGAGGCAUUCAUGUUUGGAACUUCUAAGACAAAACAAGAUGACCGAGGAUUUCAACUUUUUAUUACAACUGCACCAAUCCCUGAUCUCAGCGAAAAGCUUAUAGUUUUAGGACGGGUAAUUAAGGGAGAAGAUGCCGUUCAGGAAAUUGAAGAGGUGGAUACAGAUGAACACUAUCAACCUAAAUCUCGUGUAGUGAUCAUCGAUGUGACUUUGAAGCAGAAAGUCUAA